AUGGAAUCAAUUGCACGAUUCCACAUAUAUGAAAAGAAAUCAAUCUAUGGCUCUCUCUCUCUUUUACGCGCAUACACGUUCACAAAUCAUUUCACUCAAGCGCUCUAUCAAUCACAAUCACAAACAUCAAAAACAACCAUGCCUCGAAACAAACGUCAAUGGCAUCAAGACCAAUCUGGAGGAUAUGCAUCGCUUUGUCGUUCAGGGUCACAGGGCACCGUGCGUCCACCGAUUAAGAGAUUGGCAUUCAAUAUCAUCAAGAAGAAGAGAGCCUGA